UCGCUCUCUCUCAUACCCAAAACCUCCUCACUAAACUAAACCCAACUUUUUAGAGGGAGAAAAUCUAGAGAGAACCCAAAAAUAAAUAAUUAAAUAAACAAAGAUUCAUUCUAUUCAACGAUGUUUGGCGAUCCUAAUGAUUAUCAGUGGUCGAUGAAUUGCAAUUCCUCGGCGAUUCCGUCGACGUGGACGAGGCACGAGGACAAGGUCUUCGAAGACGCACUAGUUUUGUUCCCCGAGGAGGUGGCUGAUCGGUGGGAGAAAAUCGCCGAUCAAAUUCCUGGGAAGUCGCCGGAGGAGGUGAGGGCCCACUACGAAGCGCUGGUUCACGACGUGAACGAGAUUGAGUCGGGCCGAGUCGAGUUGCCGAGUUACUCUGACGAGUCGUCGCUCGGGUGGGAGACCGAGUCGAAGGCGAGUCAGAUCUCGUUUGGGUCGGCGGCGAAGACGAAGCACGGCGAGGUCGAGAGGAAGAAAGGAACUCCAUGGACAGAAGAAGAACACAGGCUAUUUCUAGUUGGUCUCCAGACUUACGGCAAAGGAGACUGGAGGAGCAUUUCAAGAAACAUGGUGGUGACUCGAACACCUACGCAAGUGGCUAGCCACGCUCAAAAAUUCUUUCUUCGCCAGAACUUGGUGAAGAAGGAUAGGAAAAGGUCAAGCAUCCACGAUAUCACCACCGCUCCAGAUAUCCAUCCAAUUCCUUUGUCGUCUCAUUUCCCCGAUCAAGGAGGCUCAAUGGGGUAUCAAAACUUCAACUAUCCCAUGUAAAUGUCCGCACACAAUUGUAUAUUGAACGAUUCCUUGAAUUGACUAGCCAAACUGUAAAGUACUGUUCUUUAUUA